AAGAGAGCACUGGCCCUCCGCGCAGCGCAUCACUGCUUCGCUGGCAGGGCUUGGUGGCCCCGUGUGAACCAAAGGACAACUCUUAACCGCACCAGUGAGAGUGAGUGCGUUUGCUGGGACCUCCGCUCGCCUCAGCUCUCCAGAGUUCGGUGGAGGGGGUGGGGGCGACUCUUGAUUACCAGUCACAAAGCCUGCGGACCUGGAAAAGAGGGACUUGAGUGGUGCAAAGGUUGAGAGCUAAAGCGCAGGAGAGGGCAGAGGAGCAACUGAAGCCGGGGGAAACAAGAAAAAAGAAAGGAAGAAAAAGAAAAAGAAGCAGCAGCUGGGGAGAACCCCGUGCGCGGUUAAGGGAGGAUUCCAUCAUCGCGGAAAAUCGGGCGAAAGCACAAAGGUGCGGACCAGCAAGCGAAGCCGGCAGGGCGAUCUGCAGGGCUGGGUCUAACAGCACCUUGGGUCACGCCUCCUUGGCGAGAAGGCGUCUGGCCUUUGAUUGCUUCCAGGGACUGCAGAACUUCCUGCCCGUCAGAGGAGCGGGUCUCGCUGGGGUCGCGUUUGCUCCGGGCUUGAGGAUUGAGACUGAGUUCUUAAGAGUCCCGAGUGUCUGAUCCAGGAAGGGUUAGGGGAACUGUGUCUGUGAGGAGACCACGCGCCCCACGUGAGGGGUUGUGUGUCCGCGGGCGUCCUUACUCUCCUGGCAUUCCCAUCUUUUCAGGGCUCCACCCAACUCCGGGAACCCCUCACCCGGAGAUGGCCGCACUGAUGCGGGUCAAGGAUUCAUCCCGCUGCCUUCUCCUACUGGCCGCGGUGCUGAUGGUGGAGAGCUCACAGCUAGGCAGCUCGCGGGCCAAACUCAACUCCAUCAAGUCCUCUCUAGGAGGGGAGACUCCUGCUCAGUCAGCCAACCGAUCUGCGGGCAUGAACCAAGGACUGGCUUUCGGCGGCAGUAAGAAGGGCAAAAGCCUGGGGCAGGCCUACCCUUGCAGCAGUGAUAAGGAAUGUGAAGUUGGAAGGUACUGCCACAGUCCCCACCAAGGAUCAUCAGCCUGCAUGGUCUGUCGGAGGAAAAAGAAACGAUGCCACAGAGACGGGAUGUGUUGCCCUGGUACCCGCUGCAAUAAUGGCAUCUGCAUCCCAGUCACCGAGAGCAUCCUCACCCCACAUAUCCCAGCUCUGGAUGGCACACGGCAUAGAGAUCGCAACCAUGGUCACUAUUCCAACCAUGACCUGGGAUGGCAGAACCUAGGAAGGCCACACUCCAAGAUGCCUCAUAUAAAAGGACACGAAGGAGACCCAUGCCUGCGGUCAUCAGACUGCAUUGAUGGGUUCUGUUGUGCUCGCCACUUCUGGACCAAAAUCUGCAAACCAGUGCUCCAUCAGGGGGAAGUCUGUACCAAACAACGCAAGAAGGGUUCGCAUGGGCUGGAGAUUUUCCAGAGGUGUGACUGUGCAAAGGGUCUGUCCUGCAAAGUGUGGAAAGACGCCACCUACUCUUCCAAAGCCAGACUCCAUGUAUGCCAGAAGAUCUGAUAAACACUGGAAGAGUCAUCACUAGCAGACUGUGAAUUUGUGUAUUUAAUGCAUUAUGGCAUGAUGGAAAACCUGGAUUGGAAUGUGGAAGAAUGAGGAAUGUGGUAAGAAUGUGGAGCAGAAGAGGGCAGGACUGAAUUAAGUAGAGUCAGUGACAACCAAAGUACUACCAGUGCUUCCAUUAUGCGCCUCAUCUAUGUAAAUAAUGUACACAUUUGUGAAAAUGCUAUUAUUAAAAGAAAGCACACCAUGGAAAUUACUGACGAAUACCAUGUGAUUUUCCAAGAGUUUGGCUUGAGCUGUAGGGGGCGUUUCCUUCAGAUUGGCAAUGGAUAUAAAAAUAACUUAAAGCCACAUUUCUAUUCAAAGCUACAGUUUAAUAAAUUACUCUCACUCUCCCUUGACAUGAAGAGAAUCUCUAAAACAUGGGGAAAGCUGAAGAGCAGGGAAUGAGACUGUUCAGCAUCAUUAAUCACAUCACAAAAAAAUCACCUUUGAUUUUUCUCAAAUAAAGGCCUUGGUAGACAAGAGGAAAAGGCAGUCAGUACUUUCCAAAUCACAUCAAGAUACUGGUAUGUCAUUUAGGCAUUAGAAUAGGGUAAACAACCAGUAGUCUUGGCUAAGUGGUUAAGGCAAUGGGCUAGAAAAGGGUAAACUUGUCUCUUCAGGCCACUCAUUUCUGUUUCAAAAACCUAAUUUCACCUGAAUUAAUAAAGUUAGAUGUAAGACAAAAGCAGAAUCUGCAUUGUGAAGGAAUGGCAUUGCCAGUGUGAUACCUGCUCGAGCUGGAGCCAUUAAUAGUGCACAAUACAAGGAGAGGGCAGAAUUGUCACAGAUUGCAAAAACACUGAAGAUGUCUGACACAUGAGGAGAACUGAAUGAUGGAGUGAGCACAUACCCUACCUGUGAUAUCCUGAUAAAUACCUUUAUCCUUGCAUAGCUGGAGACCAGUAGGGUGAUGCAGGCACUAGAGACAUGAGUGAUAUCUGCACUAGAGGAGCACAGCAGGGAAGUAGGUGGAACCUUGUUAUUUGUCCAGGCUUUAAGGUCACAUGUCUGAAGCACAGGCUGGAUUGUCAUGAUUGCCAUCAGAGGCUCCAGAAGCAAAGUUGAAGCUCUCCAUGAGAUUUGCUCUCAUGCAGGUAAGCUCAGGGCAAUGCAGCCUGCCCUCCCUAGCCUCAAAAUAUUUCAUGCUUUUGAGGCUGUGAGAUAACCUCAGUAUGAGGGGAUUUUACAAAGUGGGUUCCCUUAAGUCAGGUGAUAUGAGAGGAACCAAUCUCUCUAGGCUUUAGAGUGAUGAUGUCAUUAGAAGUUUUAUAUACUAACCUCUCGAUGGAGUAUGCCAUUACCAAAGACAUAGCUCCUAUUUUCUGAAACUAUUGAAAGUUAAAAAGUAAUAACAUAUCCCUAAUCCGUAGAAAUUCCCUGAAAUCAUUUCACUAUUUUCCGAAUAAACACAUUUCUGAAUACGACAUCUAGAGCAUAAAGG